AUGGCGACGGCGGCAGCGGGAGCCGGCGGCGAGGGGGGCGCGGGCCUGGGCGGCGCGGCGGGGCCCGAGCCGGAGUCGGGGCCGCGCGGGCCGGACCCCUCCGCCGAGGCGCGCAACGACGCCCGGGGCCCGGCGCCCGCCGCGCUGCACCCGGAGGAGGUCGCCGCGCGGCUGCAGCGGAUGCGCCGGGAGCUGAGCAACCGCAGAAAAAUCCUGGUGAAAAACCUGCCCCAGGACAGCAACUGCCAGGAAGUUCAUGAUUUAUUACAAGACUAUGAGUUAAAGUAUUGUUAUGUGGACAGAAAUAAGCGAACAGCUUUUGUUACAUUAUUGAAUGGAGAACAAGCCCAGAAUGCAAUUCAGAUGUUUCAUCAAUAUUCGUUUCGAGGAAAAGACUUAAUAGUUCAGCUCCAGCCAACAGAUGCUUUGCUAUGUAUUACCAACUUGCCCACUUCUUUUACGUUAGAAGAGUUUGAAGAACUUGUUCGUGCUUAUGGAAAUGUCGAGAGAUGUUUUCUGGUCUACAGUGAAGUUACUGGCCAUUCCAAAGGCUAUGGAUUUGUGGAAUACAUGAAAAAGGACUUUGCUGCAAAGGCUAGAUUGGAGCUAUUGGGUAAACAGUUGGGAGCAUCAGCUGUCUUUGCACAGUGGAUGGAUGUUAAUCUCUUGGCCGCAGAGCUCAUUCAUUCUAAGUGCCUUUGUAUAGAUAAACUCCCUAGUGACUACAGGGAUUCAGAGGAGCUGUUGCAGUUUUUUUCCAGUAUCCAUAAACCUGUGUUUUGCCAGCUUGCACAGGAUGAAGGUAGUUAUGUUGGUGGCUUUGCGGUGGUUGAAUAUAGCACUGCAGAGCACGCUGAAGAGGUUCAACAAGCAGCUGAUGGUAUGACCAUCAAGGGAAGCAAAGUUCAAGUUUCCUUCUGUGCCCCGGGAGCCCCAGGGCGAAGUACAUUAGCGGCAUUGAUAGCAGCUCAACGCGUGAUGCACAGUAAUCAAAAGGGCUUACUUCCAGAGCCAAAUCCAGUGCAAAUUAUGAAAAGUUUAAACAACCCUGCCAUGUUACAAGUUCUUCUACAACCCCAGCUCUGCGGGCGAACUGUUAAACCAGCAGUUCUUGGAACACCUCACAGCUUGCCACAUCUGAUGAAUCCAUCCAUCUCCCCUGCAUUUUUACAUUUGAAUAAAGCACAUCAGAGCUCACUUAUGGGUAAUACUUCUAAUUUAUUUCUUCAGAAUCUUUCUCAUGUACCGCUGGCACAGCAACAAUUAAUGAAGUUUGAGAAUAUUCAUACUAAUAAUAAACCAGGCUUACUUGGAGAACCCCCAGCUAUGGUACUUCAAGCUGCAGUAGGGAUAGGGUCACCGCUUCCAUUGAAAACAGAGUUGGGCCAUCUUGGAGAAACACAUAAAACAUCUAAUUUGAUUCCACCUCAAACAACUAUAACAGCUGGCAUGGGCAUGUUACCAUUCCUUCCAAAUCAGCACAUUGCUGGACAAGCUGGGCCAGGGCAUGGGAACACUCAGGAGAAACAGCCAGCCUUGGUGGGGAUGGCAGAAGGAAAUUUCUCAGGGUCACAGGCUUAUCUUCAGAGCUUUCCAAACCUUACUGCUGGAGGCUUGCUCACGGGACAUCAUAAACAACAACAAAGUCAGCCAAAAGGCCUGGAGAUAAGUUCAGGGGCUGCCUCUAAGAAUCAGACUUCACUCUUGGGAGAACCACCGAAAGAAAUUCGGCUCAGUAAAAAUCCAUACUUGAACUUAGCAAGUGUGUUGCCCAGUGUGUGCUUAUCAUCCCCUGCAAGUAAAAUCACUCUACAGAAGACUGGAAUUGCAAGCAACAUUCUGGAUGCAAUCUCUCAGGGAAAUGAAUCGCAACACACGUUGGAGAAGUGCAUUGCUUACGCUCAACCUUUUGGUGAUUAUGCACAGGUAUCAUCUUUAAGAAAUGAAAAGCGAGGCUCAUCAUAUCUCGUCUCUGCCCCAGAAGGUGGUUCAGUGGAAUUUGUUGACCAGCAUUCUCAGGGCACAGGAGCAUAUUACAUGGAAACCUACUUAAAAAAGAAGCGAGUGUACUGAGUUAAGUUCUCUCCUUACAAACUCAAGGUUCUUUGCAGUAUCUCUGCUGUUCAUUGCUGCCUUAACUACAUUCAAACUAGCCAUAUCCUUUAAAUACGGGUUUAUAAUUUCCCAGAAGGAACUGUGUUGUGCAGCAGGCAGAAUUGCCAAAUUAUAAAAAUAAGUAGCAAUAAGAAGAGACAUCAAUUGAGGACAUAUUCCGCUAGCAUUAGAUGCAUCUUAAUCAAUGUGAUAUUAACUUACAGUCCAUUGGAGAAAUUAACAUGUUCCAAUAGUCCUUGUUUAGGACUGGGAGUAAUUUUGACACCACAUAUAAAAGUUUGAAGCAAUAAAUGGGAAACAUCCUUGUUUCCUGGGCCUUAGAAUAAAUUUCUUUUCUUUUUUUUUUUUUGCGGUACGCGGGCCUCUCACUGUUGUGGCCUCUCCCGUUGCGGAGCACAGGCUCCGGACGUGCAGGCUCAGCGGCCGUGGCUCACAGGCCUAGCCGCUCCGUGGCACGUGGGAUCUUCCCAGACGGGGCACGAACCCGUGUCCCCUGCAUCAGCAGGCGGACUCUCAACCACUGUGCGCCACCAGGGAAGCCCCAGAAUAAAUUUCUUAUAAGCCAGUGUGCAUUCCAGUUUAUCGAUACUUUCCCUAGAAGUACUCUCAUUUCAGAUUUUUAGAAUUUUUCCUAGAAUUACAAGAAUGCAAGUACACAAUGCAGUGAUUGGUAAUGUUAUAAAGAUGCUCUACAUAUAAACUUAAUUAUUACCCCCACACCAGUCAUACAGUAUAAAACUCAAACACAGUGACAGUGACAUCCAAGGUAUACACUACUACAGAUGCUUUACUCUUAACGUUAUUAACCAUUUAUACCUCUUGUGAAGAACACAAGGUUGUUUUUUCUUUUGAAGUAGCUUUGCUGAUCUAAUUUCAGGGACUGGCAAACUACUCCCUGCAGUCAAAAAACAGUCCUCCAGCUGUUUUUGUACUGCCUGCAAGCUAAGAAUGAUAUUUUUUACAUUUUUAAAUGUUUGGAGGAAAAAAAUGUAUGACUUGAAAUUCAAAUUUCAGUGUCCAUACAUAAAAUUUUAUCGGAACACAACCAUGCUCAUUCACUUACAUAUCAUGUAUGGCUAACUUCUGUGCUACAGUGGCAGAACUGAGUGGCUGCAAAGCCUAAAAUAUUUACUAUCUGGCCCUUUAUAAAGUUCACAGACUCCUGAUCUAAUACCAUUAAUUCCCUAAUCCUUUUACUUCACACCUACAAAAAGACCUUUAACUUUUACAACAGAUUUGUAAGUGGCAAGGAACAAUAGGUUUCUGUGUCUUAAUUUCAUAGCAUAGUGAUGAUUCAUUUACUAGAACAGGGCACAUUUUGGUCAUCAGAUGCCCUAUUUCCACAAUAUAGUAAAGCAGUCAAUCCUGCCCUUUCUGAAGGAGUGUUAUGGAGUAACAGUAUUUAUAACCAUUUUGAGAUAAUAAGCUAUACCUCACUCUCUGCUUUGUCUAUUAUUCUUUUUCAGUGUGUUAGUUAGGCUGAAAAAUUAUCAGCUAUUUAACCCAAUUUACUUUCGAAAGAAUUGUGUUUAUUGCAUAUAACUUUUGAAUCACCAUUUCCUGAAGACCUUGGUAUUAAAUGCAUGAGAAACCCUUUUGCUAUCUAGAAAUUUCUAAGUUUGUCCUUUGUUAUGAGACAUUAAUUGAUGAUGUGGAGUUUAGGGGGUCUCAGUGAUCCUAGUCUUUUUGAAAUAAGAUCAUUAAAUAUCUUAUAUUUAGGGAACUUAUUGACUAUGAUAGAAGGUUUCUCUCCUGUUUUAAUUAUGAAGUUUAAAAUUGGUACACAUGUUGUAUGAUUUGUAAAGAAUUUUACUUGGUCUAAUGUAUUGCCUGUGUUAACUUCUAUUGGCAAAUGACAGCUAGAAAGUUAAAUUAUUAGAUAAUUUCUAAUAAGUAUACUACCUAUAAAUAACUGAUCAGGAUAGGCAUCACUCAAUUGUGACUCAGCAGAUGAAGCAUGGGUUCUCCAUGCUCUGCACUUCUUCCCAUUUUCCUGUUGCAUUGAGCUUCUUCAGUGCUUUGUCACACCUCUAUGACCGUACAAAUAGAAGAAAGGGAAGAUGGUGAAUUUUAAAAAUGUAAGCAGGAAGAGGUUGAAAGAACUAAAAGGUAUUUUGUGUUAGCAAGUGUGGGUCUGCCACCCACACUGGCCUGUGCCCCGUUAUUGCUGGGACACAACAACAGAUAAGUACAAAUCAAGUGGUGUUAGUAAUAAGGAUCAUUACCAGUGCUCUCCCCACCCCCAGCCUAUACUGUUAUUUUUUUUUCUAUGUAAACAAAUUGUUUGAAAUGCUUUGAAAAUGAACUCUUAAUAUUAAAAGGCACAUGCAUGUGAAGUCUCUAGUACAUUUAUUUGUAUAAAGAGUAAACAAAGUGCAUGUAGGGUGGCCACAGGUUUGAGACAGAUCUUGGUGAUGGACAGAUCUUGGUGAUGUAGGGUUACUAGACAAAUUUGAAUGGCUGUUGCCAUUGAAUCAAUACACAACAACUCUUUUUCAGGCUCAAAGGUGAAAAGUAAUGGUAUCAAACAAAUGCUAGACAGCAUGAACAAAAAGUUUUUCAGACUCCUGGUCAAAAAGAUCUUAUGGUUCACAAUGAAUCAGAGAUUUGACAUUUUUGAUUGCCCAGCUACCUCCAAGCAAACUGAAAACUGCCUAGUGGAUCCUGAACUCCAUAGUGCUUCUAGCUGGGUCUUUCAAGUUUUGCGCCAUAGGGUGAUGGUCAAAAUAGUGAUCGACUCUUGUAGAUGGAUGGUAAGUACUGAAACACUAAGAACAGUGCAAUGUACAUGGUAUAUAUGCAUUCAGCAUCCAAAACCAAUGCUGGCACAGCUUGCCCCAAAGUGGUAGAGUUAUAAAAGGAUACACACAUUGACAUUUCUGAAAAGCAGGUAUAACAGCAUCCAGGUUCUUGGAAUCAAUUCUGAUUGAUUAAAGGUAUACUGUUUAGGGAAGCACUGGCACAGGUUUAGUUCUCAAGAAUCAACAUCAUGCAGCAAAGUAUCUAUUCCACAGCUGCCCCCCUGGGUAUGACCAGUUUUCUCAAAAAUGGGCUCCACUGGUCACCCAAGGGGACAGGAGCUAAGCCACUGCAGAAACAACUCAAAGUUUAUGUCCUACUGUUGACAGGGAUACACUCAUCUUUUUGUAUAGCAACAACAGUAUACUAACUGGUAUCUAAUAUUUCAAGAAUGUUUCAUCUAUCACUGUUUAGAUAUUGAAAUUUGAGGGCAUAUUAGAGUGUUGGCCAAGUCCAUCAAUCUUUAUCUUUGAUUUCUGUGCCAGAAAAACAUUUCACAUCAACUGGCAGCUAAGAGAAAGCAAUCACCUUGAGACUUUACUUUGGUCAGCUCCUCUUGUUUUGAAAAAUCCCAUUCUGGUACUCAAUUGUGAUAGUAGUAAACUAACCAGACGAAACAGUGGUAUAUUCUUUCCAAAAGGAGGAGUGCUUAAGUGCUUUCUAAUAUUUUGGUUGUCAUUAUUUGUCACUAUGUUACUGGUGCCAAAUUUAAAGAGGAAGUACUUACACAUAUUAAGCACCAGUGUGCUUUAUACGAGGAUACGUACCCCAGUAUCUUUUUAGACAGAAUACAGACUUUUUCCAGUUAGAACACAUUUUUUUUUUAAAUGGCUUGGGUAUUGGUUGGGGGUAGGAGGACUUGAUACACAGUAGAAUUUAAAUGUUAUUCAUGCUUCUUAUUUUAGAAGCGCUUCAAAUCCCUCAAUAAGGUUCUGAAAGGUUGUCCGAAUGGAUGGUUGGAAUUCCCAGCAUUUUCUCAUAAGCUGAUAAACCUGUAAAAAGAAAAAGUAACAGUAAAAAUGUUUAGGAGCUUUUUUAAAAAAUUAUAGAAACACCAAGAAGAACAUAAUUUUGAAAAUGUGAAUGACCUCCCUUAAUAAGUAAUACUAGAAAACAAGAAUAUUUGAAUAACUUAAAAUACAGAAAAUGUGACAUCUAUAGCUCAUAAAUAACAUUUUAACAUUUGAGAAGCUCAUGACUUAACUGACCUUGCAAAACAAUCCAGGUCAUUAAUUACUAUAAACCAGUUUAAGGGUGAAGUUAUACCUCAGUUUAGACUCCAAAUUUCCUUACCGGCUGGCUUCAUUCUUUGGCUUAAACAUACUAUUCAGUACAUCUUAAAUAGUCUACAGAAUUAGUCUUAAAGGCUCAGUUCAGUUAGAAAUACAGAAAACUGGAUGUCACAAUGCUGUGAUAAGUGGGAUAAACUUACACACAAAAAUGCAAUUAUAUGUGUUUGUCGCAGGAAGGCUACACCAACAUAUGCUCCUUUAGGGUGCUCACUGUGGUGAGCCUACUUCUGAAGGGAAUCCCUU